CCAUGAUCAAUCAACUUAUGAUUAAUCUAUGAAUUCUGUGGGUGUCACGUCUCAACAUGUCUACAGGCCUAUUUCCCAUCUCCGAUCCUCCUGCGGACGCCAUCUCUGCCCUCAGAUUUUCACCACAUCCAGAUUCCUAUCGCUUCGCCGUGGCCUCAUGGGACAAGCACGCAUACAUCUACGAACUCAUCGACGGCAAGUCAUGCAAGCUGGUCGCCAAGUUUGAGCAUAGAGGGCCCGUCCUCGACGUCUGUUUUGGCACAGACGACGACGAGAUAUAUACUGCGUGCUUGGAUUGGGAUGUAAGAAGAAUUGACGCUACUUCCGGGACGCAGACAGUUCUGAGCACACACGACAAUGGCGUCCGAUCUGUCGUCUACAGCAAGGAACAUGCCCUCGUUGUCUCAGCUGCAUGGGACUCAACACUGCACAUCCACCCAAGUGGAGAUGCGACCUGGUCAACCGCGACGAUAAACCUACCCUCGAAACCCUUCUCCUUGGCAGUUUCGGCCUCGAAGCUCGUGGUAGCAAUGGCGAACCGGGCACUGCACAUCUACGACUUGAAGAUUCUGGCGAAUGAGUGCAAGAGCUCGGCGAACUCGUUACAAAAUCGGUUGGAUAUUGAGCCAUGGCAGCGACGAGAGAGCAGCCUGAAGUUUAUGACGAGGGCGGUUGACUGUAUGCCAAACGACGAAGGGUAUGCAUCCUCCAGCAUCGAGGGUCGUGUGGCGGUUGAAUGGUUCGACCCAUCGAAUGAGUCACAGGCGCGGAAAUAUGCAUUCAAAUGCCAUCGGCAACCGGUGGACGACGUCGAUGUGGUCUACCCGGUCAAUGCCAUUGCGUUCCAUCCCAUUCAUGGCACGUUUGCGACUGGUGGUGGAGACGGAGUGGUAGCCAUCUGGGAUGCUAUUGCAAAGCGCAGGAUACGUAUCUAUCCAAAACUGGCUGCGAGUGUCGCGGCCGUUGCGUUUAGCUCCAAUGGCAAGUACCUCGCGACGGCAAUCAGUCCAGGGUUCGAAGACGGCAAGGAUGAAACCGCUGAAGGCUCGAUCGGUAUCUUUAUUCGGGAACUUGGCGAGAACGAAGUCAAGAGGAAAGCGAAGUGAUUGCGGACUCGGUCUAUUUUUACUUGGUGCGAAAAUCUACCCGGGCUCUUUCAGGAUGCCAAGUGGGCUAUCGAGUCUAUCCCUAAUCCUCGCACGAGCGAACAGGUAUCAAAGGUGGAUACUGGGCCACGAUCGAAGGCCGCUUUUCUCUGGCUCUCCGCAAAGCAACAGUGCCAUCCGCCAUGCCGAAGUAGCAUGCAAUCGGUCUCUGUCCUCCUAUCACCUGAGCUGCUAAGGCUUCUGGGCCGGUCGGACCACAGAAAAGGCCUACAGCGAGGACACCAUUGAUCUCUUUGAUGGCACGAGCGAGCUGCUCGACUUCCCAGUAGCCAUGCUCACCAUUACCUAACUUCUCCGAGGUCACAUCGGAAGAUAUUAGAAGAGGAUGAGGGAAGGGCGCAUCGACGAUGAAGAAAUCCUGAUCGGUCUUGAUGGGUCCGGCUUUAGCCAUGUGGCCUUCUCGAAUCAGGGGGCCGGCGCCGGUGGCACUGCGACUUCCCAGCGUUUUCAGCCGCUGAAUGACCUGUCUAGCAGCCUUAGGUUCCACCUCGAUGGGGAUGGUGGGCCAUUUUGUCAUCAGGCGAGGCUGGAGUUUUCUGUAGUCUGUCGACAGUCAGCAGGCAUACAUGCGGCAAAAGAGAGACAUACCAGCGACGCAAACAAAUUGCUUUGAACGCAUGGCGACAAGCUUCUCCUGAUACAAACAGGCGCCACCUCCUUUGAUGCAGUUUAGUUCUUCGUCCACCUCAUCUGCGCCGUCGAAUGCGAUAUCUAUCAUGGCACUGUCUGGGAGAGCGUCAAACUCGAUUGGCACAAGGCCAGCAUUUAUGAUGAGCUGCUUGGACUGGUAGCCCGUCGGUACAAAGCCUAUUCUUGAGACGUCCGCUCCGCAGUUUUUGAUGGCUUCCACCACGUAGACUAUCGUCGUCCCUGAGCCGAUUCCCACGAAGCGCGGGUUCUCGGGGAAGUGAUUUCGCACUGCUUCUAUUGCCGCAGCUUUCUUGGCUGCUUCUAUUUCGGCUGCCAUCUUGUGGGCAAACGUGGGAGUGAUAUGGAAGGGCCUGAGGAAGCGAAGUGACGGUGCCGGUCUCUGCCAGGGAGUGAAGAAGGAGUGUCCAAGUCGAUAUAUGCUAGAGAGGGUCCUGACUACUUUAGAUGAGUUGGUAUAAAAGUGCUGUGCUCCGUG